AUGGACCUCGAAAAGUACCAUAUUCCUACCAAGGCGCCAGACCAAUUGCUCGAUGGAGUGGAACAAAAUCCACGUGCCGUCUACAAGUGCAGCCAACGACAACAGCUUCGCAAAGCCUUCGCGCAUGGUGCUGGGCUGCUGACCUUGCUCCUACUUGUUGCUGCAGUCACUCAUACAGGCCGCUCAUUGUAUUCUUGGAAUCGUCAAGGAUCAUUGCCUCAUCUUCCUCGUCGUCCGUUGUCCCUCAAGGAACGGGAAGAGCUAUUCCUAUCCAUUCCUACAGGGGAAAGUGCUCUGGAAGCAUCUCGAGCAUAUGCCACGCAUCCUCACCUUGCAGGGAGCUCCGAAGAUUUGUUAGAUGCUAAAGCCAUUUUACACCUUUUCCAGGACGAGUUUGACAUUCCAAGAUCUCCACAUCUUCCGAUUUAUGAUGCUGGUAGUCCAUUAUCUCGCAAUGCGACACUCCUUCUUACAACGUCUGAUGCACCAAACAGUCCUAGAGCCUGGAUUGAUACCUAUUACCCCAUUAUGAAUACUGGAGUAGAGCAGGCUCUGGAGAUUUUGGAUGACAACGGUGACGCAAUAUGGAUCGCUGAUUUGGUGGAAGAUGGCGACCCGCGUGAUGAAGACGCGCAUAAGUAUAGGGACACGAUACCCCCAUGGCAUGGUUAUAGUGCUGAUGGCGAUGUCACUGGUCAACUUAUUUACGCGAAUUAUGGAGGCAAGGAGGAUUAUGAUGAACUGGUUGCUCAAGGUACAAAUUUCACGGGAAAAAUUAUCAUUACGCGCUACGGGGUCAACUUCAGGGGAAUAAAGAUUCAAGGCGCAGAGUUGCUUGGAGCUGCAGGUGUUUUGAUAUAUUCUGACCCACGCGACGACGGGUUUGUCACCACCAAAAAUGAUUUCCCUCCCUAUCCCGCUGGACCUGCACGAAAUCCAUCUUCUAUUCAAAGAGGCAGCGUUCAAUUUCUUUCCACGUAUCCUGGAGAUCCUUCAACACCUGGGUAUCCUGCGUAUCUCAACGCGAACCGGACUGAAGCAGGAAAUAUACCUAAAAUUCCAAGUUUACCAAUUUCGUGGCAAAAUGCUCAAAAGCUUCUGGGCGAAAUUGACGACUUAUAUACAGUGGAUGCCAGUGGUAAGAAGGUACUGAGCGGAAAUGCGAGUAAAAACAACGUUAGGCUUGUCAACCGUGUUGAUACAAAGGUGACACCAAUUUGGAAUGUUAUGGCCUCGAUUCCCGGUCACAUCAAAAAUGAAGUGGUCUUAAUUGGCUGCCACCGUGACGCAUGGGUGAUGGGUGCUGCCGACCCCACAAGUGGCACUGUUUCUCUACACGAAAUCAUCCGCGCAUAUGGUGCCUUGUUAAAAAAAGGCUGGAAACCUCUGAGAACAAUUGUUAUUGCCAGUUGGGAUGGAGAAGAGUACGGUCUUGUCGGCAGCGUAGAAUGGGGCGAAGAUUUUGGGUCGUGGAUUUCGGACCACGUCGUCGCUUACCUGAACGUGGAUGUAUCUGUUGCAGGCUCUCAAUUUGUGGUUUUUGGCUCCCCUUCUCUUGCUCAUCUUAUUAAGAAAACUGCCAACGAUGUCCCCCAUCCAACUGAAUCUGGGAAAACACUUUGGGAUGCCUUGGACGACGAGGGACCAUAUAAUUUCCAAGCUGCCAAUUUAACUAUCGAUCCGGAUUACUUGGAACUCCAUACUUCGGAGCAAGUCUCUCGUAGAGCUGCUAAAACACGCGUCAUGCCACUAGGAAGUGGUAGUGACUUUACUGUGUUUCUGCAAAGACUGGGAAUUGCUAGUUCUGAGCAAAGCUUUGCUCCGACCCUCAAUGAUGCUGUAUACCAUUAUCACUCCAUCUAUGACUCUCAGUCAUGGCAAGAAAGAUACGGAGACCCAGGCUUCCAUCGCCAUGCUGCCGUUGCAAAACAUCUUGGGCUGCUUGGCUUGCGGCUCACUGACUCCAUAGUACUCCCGAUUAAUACGACUCAAUAUGCACUAGAGCUACAUGAAUAUCUUGACAUAGUGGAGAAACUGCUACCCACCCUAGGAGAAAAAAUGCAUGAAGUCGACUUUACUUCUUUGCGUCAAUCUAUUCAACAAGUCCAGGAAGCGAGCCACCAACUCGACGAAGAGAAGGCUGACGCUGAAGAAGAUUUCAAACGACUCUUGAAGCGAAUGCCGUUCCCAGGCCGCAGAGGAGCAAGGUGCACAAGGCGACGAACUAGUUUUGUUCGUCGCAUCGCUGACUGGGUGAAGAGUAUAUUUGGUGUUCCUCCUCCGACUGAUACCGAACUUCAGUUGCUGAGUCUGCGCCACGCAAAUUCAUGGGAAGAGUACCUUGAGUACGCCACGGAUGCCAAUGGGGAGAUUUCCGAAUCUUUUGAAGCACUGUUAGGAGGGCAUGGUUUGCCAUUCCCCAUUCACGAAUUUAUCAAGGCCGCAAAACGUGUCGCUAGGUCCAACAAAGCUUUGAAGGCAUUUGAGCUCGGAUUUAUAUCUGAGAAUGGGAUUAAGAAUAGACAAUGGUACAAGCACCUUGGUGUGGCUCCGGGCAAAUGGCUUGGUUAUGGCGCAACCACGCUUCCAGCCUUGACCGAAGCCAUUGUUGAGGAAAAGAACACAACUCUUAUUCAGUACGAAGCCAGACGCCUAGAGAACUUGUUGAUCAAAUUAGCAUCCACCAUCAAGCCGGAAGCCAACUAUGGAUCCUAA